AUGGAUAAGGUCCCUACUCGAGUUGAUGGAAGGUUUAGGCUGGGAGAUGUGUUGGGGUUUGGCUCGUACGCUGUUGUGUAUCGUGCACGGAAUAUCAUCAAGGAUAACUCAGUCACCAUCAAGCUUGAACCUAUCAACCACUCAUCUUCCAUGCAGCGUGAAUAUUGCAUUUUGAAAAACCUUGAAGGUGGUAUUGGGAUUCCCCGUGCCCUUUGGUUUGGUAGGGAGUCGGCAUAUCACGCUCUAGUUCUUGACCUCCUUGGGCCAUCACUGCAUCAUAUCUUCCUUGCCCACAACCAAAAAUUUAGCUUUGACACUGUUGUGAAUCUAGGAGACCAGCUGAUUUCAUGUCUUGAAUAUAUUCAUUUGCAUAAUUACAUCCACAGUGAUAUCAAACCACAGAAUGUUGUGGUGGGCCUUGGCGAUUUGAAGCACACUGCCUUUCUCAUCGAUUUCGGCACCGCAAAGGAAUUCUGGAACACAUCGACCGGAGUUCAUAUACCAUUUCACCAAGGUCAACAUCUUACCAGCACUCCUGCAUUUGCAUCAAUCAAUGAUCAUUUGGGACUUGAACUGGGUCAUCAUGAUGACCUUGAGUCACUCACAUACAUGUUAAUAUACUGUUUGCAGGGCUCUCUUCCAUGGUUGACCAGUGACCAAGAGAAGCUUUCCAGCUCUUCCAUACUUAAGCGCAAAGUCAACACUACCAUCAAAGUUUUGUGUCAAGGAAUUCCUGUCCAAUUUGCAACAAUUCUCAUUUACACGCUGUCUUAA